AGUACAUCAUUCAAGCAACGGAUGCGCGCAUUAACAACUACUCCAGGCAAAUCUGUAGGGCGUGCAUCGUUGGUUGCCGAAAAUCGCACGACGGACCCAAGUGUAAGCGUCUUUCGGGAUUACCUCCUUGAGAGGAUAGCUACCGAUCUGAAAGUUUUGCUGGAAAAUGGUUGGAUUAGCGAUGUAGACACAGCAAUUGGUCUCAUUAGGAAGCAGGUUUUGUCGCCGGCAACCGGAAAGGACACAUCACGUAAAUUCGGGUCUGAGCCAGGUGCUCCUGAAAAUAUUUCAAAUGCAACCGGUAACUCAGUUCGCAACAUGCGCGAUAACGUUGACAGUUCUGCUGCUUCGACCCCACCACUCCCGGCGCGAGCAAACUCUGUAACAGGGUUCACGAAAGGGCCAGAAAAACCGCCAAUACGACACUGCUCCUCUGUUACCGAUGUGCUCAAACACUCUCCUACGCCCUUCCCGUGCACUGAUGCCUCCACUGUGGUGUGCAUUAAACCUUUCAACAGCGACGUGGCUGGAGAUUUACGCUUGAGGGUGGGAGAUGUCGUUGAGAAUGUGGAAGACGUGGACCCAAAUUGGUAUAAAGGAACUCUCAAUGGGCAAAGUGGAAUAUUCCCGAAAACAUUUGUGGAAUCAAGGACAAGACCGGUGCCUCCUCUGCCUUCCGCCCCACCUCUUCCCAGCCGGCCUCCCCAGACAAAACCUGCUUCACCUCCCAGGCCAGCAUCUUCCUCAGUGACCUCUCCAUUAACCCCGGGAGGAUGGUUUUAUAUACAAUGUCGUGCAAAUUCGAACGUUUUCAGUGUUGAGGCUAAUUCCCUUGCAUCUGGCGCGCUGAUCAACGUCCAGCCCCAACAUGCGGCAGAUGCCCAUCCCGCAACUAUUGGUAAUCAGCUCUUCCGUUUCGAGAACGGGUUUCUUAUAAACAAGCGGUCCAACCUUGUCUUGGACACCAGUGGAAGCGAGUUGAGGCCUCGUGCACAACUAGUGCAAGCUGACAAGAAAGAAGAUCGUGAGAGUCAGCACUGGGUGCUUGGCACCGAUGGUUCUAUUCGCAACAGUGCACGGCCGCAAUUUGUUUUAUUAGAAGAUCUGGGUUCAGUCAUUGUUUGGGAGGAUGACGGAACGCUAGGUCGUGGAGCAAGCGUUUGGAAAGUUACCACCAAUGUUUCAAAGCCGGCUGCUGCACCAGCGAUACCCGCUACACCUGCUGCGCCAGCAGCGGUCCCCGCUCAAGCUGAACCGGCAAAGAAAGAAACGCGAUCGGACAGAUUCACCGACACUGUUGUUACAGGCGUUGGUGCGGGAUUUGGGCUUACGGUGGGCCACCGUAUUGCUGAUCGCUUGUUCUAAAAGUAACUGGUGGGCUGGUGAAAUUUAUUACUCAUUUGUAUUUCAAACAUUUGUAUUCCAAACAUUGCCGUAAGCAAAUACACUGUUUAGCAUGGGUCAG